GGAACAGCUAAUAGGAGCAGCGGCAUUACCAUUAGCGAGGAAAGCAGCCAAGCCAGACAGAUACGGGGGCGUUGAAGUUUUUGGGUUUCGGGUUUUUGGAGGAGCAAGUAUGAUUAGUAUCACGCACACUACGUCCUUUGUUAUUGGUCGGGCGUCAGAGUGAGUGGCGAGUCGUGCACACCAGAGGACGAAACAACCACAGCCUUGAAUGGAUGAGCGCACGAUGAGGACGAUGGCAGGCUCUACUUGCUGUCUGCGCCUCACAGAGAAGUAAAAACAACACCUCAGCUUUUGCAUGGCGCAGGUUCGGGAUCUUUUGGUCGCUACAACUUGGCUCUAUAUGCCGCUCUUGCACCGCAUCAUUUGACCCCCUGUACCCACGAGUCGGGAUGCCCCCCGCAGAUGUGACUCCAUCCAUUCGCCAAGACGCACUCUGCCUUUUUCGAAACGGAGCUUGAUUUCCCAAGUGAGGCUAGCCGACCUUCAUGGUACCCCAUGGGACCAUUGUCGGGCCAGGCCCAUGUGGAAGAGGCGGGCUUCCUGUUGAGGGCGAGGAGAGCGAGCCAAAGAGCCGCUUUCCAAGUUGUAUAAAAGGAUCCAGGCUACCCGUCCUCUUCUCCGUGUAUCUCUGCUUCUGAGUAUUCAUCCCCUUUCCUCUUCACACUUUCCCAUCUUCAUUGUCCUUCUAUAUACCCCCCCUUCAGAUCACAAUGAAGUUCUCUCUUCUCACAUCCGCCGUGCUGGCCUCCACGGUCACUGCCUCAGCUCCUAUGAUGGAGAUGCAGGCCUCCAGCAAAAUGCAGGAGAUGAUGAGCCACAAGACUGCCCACCGUGAGGCCCAGCGUGCCAAGGGUGUCUUUGACAUUGACAGAUACGCCUCGUCCAACGCCACCAAGUGUGUCAACGGCAAGGCCGGCGAGUACUCGUGCAACAACAUUGACCUGCUCGACCACCUCACCUACCAGCAGCAGGGCUCCAAUGAGCGUGAAGGCAACGACAUCUGGGGCUGGACAUCCCCCGAUGGCCGUGAGUUUGCCAUUGUCGGCCACUCUGACGGCACCGGCUUCGUCGAGGUCCUCCCCGGCGGCCAGCUCAAGUUCAUUGCCCGCCUUCCCACACAGACGGGCAGCAGCAUCUGGCGUGACAUGAAGGUCAUUGACCACCACGUCUAUAUUGGCUCCGAGGCCCAAGGACAUGGCGUGCAGAUCUUUGACCUCAACAAGCUUCUUGACAUCAAAACCCCCAAGACCUUCGACAUCAAGAAGGACCUGACUGCUCUCUACACCGGCGUUGGCUCGUCGCACAACAUUGUUGCCAACCCCGAGACCAAGAGCAUCUUCAUUGUCGGCGCCGGCCGCAACGGCGGCUGCACCGCAUCCAACGGCGGCCUCGUCAUGCUCGACGUUGCCGACCCCUCCAAGCCCAAGCUGACCGGCUGCAACGGCAAGGACGGCUACGUGCACGAUGCGCAGUGCGUCGUCUACCGCGGCGUGGACAAGAAGUUCCAGGGCCACGAGAUCUGCUUCGGCUACAACGAGGACACGCUGACCAUCUAUGACGUGACCAACCGCACCUCGUCGGCCAUCAUCUCGCGUGUCACGUACGACGGCUUCAACGGCAAGGGCGCCUACACCCACCAGGGCUGGAACAUCGACAAGGACUUCAAAUACCUGCUGCUCGACGACGAGCAGGACGAGAUGAAGCGCGCCGGCGUCGGCCAGGACAGCCACACCACCACCUACAUCUUUGACAUCUCCUCGCUCGCCAACCCCACAUACACCGGCCAGUACAAGUCCCCCAUCCAGUCCAUCGACCACAACCAGUACAUCAUUGACGGCAUCUCCUACCAGGCCAACUACGGCUCUGGUCUCCGUGUUGUCGACGCCCGCUCCGUCCUCCAGGACCCUACUGGCGCCCAGAUGACCGAGCUUGCCAACUUUGACUGCUACCCCGAGGACGACGACGACUCGAAGGCCGAGUUCUUUGGUGCCUGGAGCGUCUACCCCUACUUCAAGUCGGGCACUGUUGUCAUUAACUGCAUCGAGCGUGGUCUCUUUGCUCUCAAGGUUAACAUCUAAAAAGUGCUGAAACCAACAAUCUAAAAAAAAGAAAAAGAUCAAACAAUGAACACACAACAAUGAACAUAUAUCUAUAUAUGUAUAUAUAUAAACUACCAUAUAUGACUGUACAUGAGAUGCUACUUAUACAUAUAUAGCAAGCCAAUUGGCUCUUAUAAUGAUAUACUUUCCUUCUAUGAAACACUGCUUUCUUACCUGCUCUACAUUGUCAUAACA